AUGAAGGCAUCUUUCACCCUCCUCGCGCUUGCCGUUGCUGUGGCCAGCGCCCAGGACCUCAACAGCCUCGCACAAUGCGGACAGCUCUGCAUCAACAACAUGAUGGCCAAGGCAGAGAGCCUGGGCUGCAGCGCUAGCGAUGCCGCCUGCCUUUGCAGCAAGGUCGACUUUGGCUACGGCGUCCGCGACUGUGCCAAUGCGGCCUGUGCGAGUGAUACCCAGGCCGCUCAACAAGCCAUUUCCUACGGCGCAACCUACUGCAAAAGUGAGUAACCAUGCGAAAACACUCUGGCAAGUUUGUGCUGACUUGGAGAGCAGAUGCCCUUGCUUCUUCUGCCGCCUCUACCAACUCGGGUUCCGCCACCAUUCCUCUCGCUGGAGCUACCUCAGGCUCUGGCUCAACGACCAGCACUGCCUCGGAUGCAGGAACGACCAGCGGAGCAGCGACGGGUACCGGUAGCGCCAACUCCACUGCUGCUGGCUCGACCAACUCCACCGGUGGAAGCAGCACCGCCAUCACCACCUCUGCGCUCACGGCUCUCGUCUCUGCCUCCGGUUCGACCUUCACAACGACCACAGGCUCGACCACCAUCUACUCCGGUAAGCUUCAGCGCACGCGCCGAACCUGAAUUUCGCUAACUGAUUCAACAGAAAUUGGAGGAGGUAUCGUUGGAGGAGCUGCUGGAGCAGGUAACUCAGCUGCUUCCACCGCGUCCGAAGGUGCCAACUCGGCCGCAUCCCGAGCCUCGACUGGCGCUAGCGGAGCUAUGGCGACCGCCAGCAAUGCCGUGACUUCUGCUGGAGGCGCCGCGGGCUCUGCCGCAUCAUCUGGAGUAAGUAAAUCGGAUCAGAUAUGUUUUUUUUGGCGAUGCUUGGAGCCGCUGACUGACCCCUCUCUUCUCAGGCUUCUCGCGCUUCCACCGCUGCCUCAGGAACCUCUGCCACUUCUUCGGGUGGUGCCAACGCCCUUGUCACUGCUGCGCCUGGCCUCCUCGGCAUGGCCGCGAUGGCUGUCCUCGCUCUCUAA